CGCAGGCGCCUGAUUCCUCAAUGCCAUAACCUUGGCUUGCAAUUUCAGUAUUUUCUUCGCCACGGCCACAACUCGGAAAAAAUCCGUAAUUUCUCAUCUCUCAAUUUGACCAUCAGGUCCUCGUCAUGGCAGCCACAUUGUAUGCUCGGCCUGCAGCCACUGUCGCCUCCUUGGCUUCCUGCCAGGAGUCUCGCGCGAAUGUUUCUGUGAAAGCAAGUGCCUGCUUUGGCAGCAGGAACCUGAGCUUCGCUGCCGAGAAGCGACUGGCUGGGCGCAGCCAGGAACUUAGACAAGCGAUCGCCAAGGCGAGCUCCAAGCGCGUCGUCCGCAAGGCUGCAGCUACCACGGCAAUGGCAGAGGCAGUGGAGCGAUCCUACAUCAUGAUCAAGCCCGACGGCGUGCAGCGAGGGCUGGUGGGUGACAUCAUCGCUCGCUUCGAGCGCAAGGGUUUUGUCCUCCGUGGCCUGAAGCUGUUCCAAUGCCCUGAAGAACUCGCCAAGGAGCACUACAAGGAGCUGUCUGACAAGCCGUUUUAUGGCAAGCUGGUUGAGUACAUCAUCUCAGGCCCGGUCGUUGCCAUGGUGUGGGAGGGCAAGGGCGUGGUGGCUUCAGCUCGCAAGCUGAUUGGCGCCACCAACCCGCUCGCUGCUGAGCCAGGCACCAUCCGUGGCGACCUCGCAGUCGAGGUUGGCAGGAACGUCGUCCAUGGCAGUGACAGCAUUGAGAACGGCGAGCGUGAAAUUGGGCUCUGGUUCAAGGAGGGCGAGCUGUGUGACUGGGAGCCCGUUUCAACCCCCUGGUUGAGGGAGUGAUGUGUGACACCCCUGAGACAGCAAACUCAUGUGACGCAGAUCAUCAACCAGCGGACAUGUACACAUUAGACCAGAAGUUCCAGAGUACGUGUACAUGUACCAAAUCGAACCAGAACGUGAAAUGCACUGCAGAGCAUGGUGUAUACAAAAUUAUGUGGCAUGGCAGUUCAAUGCAAUGAGUACUAAGCCCAUGCUUUUGUUCAAGUCUACCAAUUGUA